AUGUUGAUCGCAUUGAUAUCCGCCGUAGCCGUUUUCCUUUUCCUUGCUUUUGUUAUGCUUCCAUUGGUUCUAGCGCUGCGAGAUACAUUCAAGGAAUACGACCUGAAACACUCAAAACUAUACACUGGAAGAGUGUGGCACACACGGUUACAACCGAAGCUCCAUGCAUUCACCUAUCCGAUUUUCAUAUUUGCUUUGGAUCUGAAAGAAAAUCUAGAAUCGUUCAUGUCCCCAAUUCUAGAGUUUCGGGAGUCAGAUCAUCUGAAGAAUGGUGAAGGGAUUGUAAAGGAAGGAGGCGCCGAUAAUUCGUUGGUGGAACGAGUGCUGCGAUUGGUCCAAGAGAGGACGAACGGUAAAUGUGCCCCUGCCAUAGAGACGCACCGAGUUACUUUGUUGACCCACCUCUCUUACUAUGGCUACAAUUUCAAUCCUGUCAGUUUCUACUACGUCACAUCAAAGGAAACGAAUGAACUGACAGUCAUGGUGGCAGAAGUGAGCAAUACUCCUUGGUUAGAACAACACAGUUAUGUUUUGCACAAAGAUAGUGUCGAUAAGGUCAAGCAUGAGAAGAAGGAUGGAAGCGAGUGGUUUACCUUUCCAAAGGAUUUUCAUGUCAGUCCAUUCAUGGAAAUGGAUUACAUGUACGAUUUCAUUUAUGCUGGCUUGCCUGAGAACAAGGUGGACGAUGCUGCACCAAUGACAAUUAUCAAUAACUUACGGAGUCUUUCGAAUGACAAGUUGGCCUUUUCCGCAAAGCUGGAAAUUGAGGCGCAAUCAAUUACUCCAUUUGGCGUGGCUUGGCAGCUGAUUCGCUUCCCCGGGUUUUGCAUGAUUCUGCAAAUAUGGAUUCAUUACCAAGCCGCUUGGCUGUUUAUAAAAGGAAUCGUCUUCGUCCCUCAUCCCCAAGGUAGUGAGACUGCGGCGACGCGUGCCAUUGCAACCUUCAUGGCUCCAUUUUUUGCACUUCGUGAUCGAGUGGGUAGUGGUGCCUCAGGAUCCGAUGGUGUUUCCACGAGCAAAGCCAAAGCUAGCUAG